GCAUGAUGGAAUCACUUGGCAUAUCUACUCUCAGAUAGAGUACGUUAGUGUGGACUGAGCUUGUUACUUUGUAGUUUGAAAGUUAAAAAAAAAAUCCAGGAUUAAAAGCAGGGAAUACAAAACUUAGACACAUCAAGACAAGUGCACAAAGAUCUCUCUUAUCCACACACACUAUACUCCAUAUAGAAGGCAGAAACUAAGCCUUUUUUGCAGUGCAACUGACGAUCAACAAAGCGUCUGAAGGCCAUGCCAGGGCCAGAUGGACACAGUGAUUUGGGUCCUUGCAAAAACCUUGCUGUGCCCAAAUCCUUCUUUCCUCCUAAACCUUCAAUUACGGGUGAGAAAUGGCACACAGCCUUAGACUUUAUUUUGAGGGGAGAUGCCCAGGAGAAGAUCCACCACCGCUGGGCUAGUCAGCACUCCACACCAGUGGCACAAAACAUACACCAAAGAGUUGCCGAUGAAGGUCUCAUCAGUCCCACGAGGAUAAAACCAGUACCGAAACCUCGUCUGCUGAAGUCACAGUCUCAUACUGACCAGCAGCAGUCUUUCAAUGAUAGCAACAUGAAUUAUUUUGGAUCUGCAUCAGAUGGGAAGAAUAAUGAUACUCAUUUGGAAAACUGGCACAUUCAACCAAAAACUACCUCACAUAAAUCAAAACGGAUCCCUCCAAGCAUACCUGUACCUGCCAGGCCCCUUCCCAAAGAGCCGGCGCAAGUGAUCUCAGUGACGGAAUCUACAAAUGACUAUGAUGAUGGAGUUUAUAUGGAUAUAGACUCUUCACCAACCCAGUCUGAAUGCUUUAGCUCAAUAGUUGUCCACAAUACUCAGUCAGGUUCUGAGGUUUGUCCUGAUGACAGACCACUUUUACCUCUCUGUCUGUCAAAACCAAAUCUUGCUUUCAAGUUCCAGAAUAAAAACAAUGUUGAGCACAAUGAAGCCGGAUCAUUUCACAACACCAUCAAGGAUAAUUUGGUUUCUGAGCUACAAAAAAGAUUCUCAGGAUCAAUUAAAGAGAGAGAUUUAAGCACCAAAAAGACAAACGUUCUUAAGACUAAAGGAAAUUGCUCUCCCAAACUGUUUAGUAGCUCUCAUUUGGAAAUGAUCUCAAUGCUCUUCCACAUGAAGAAACUGACUGAAGUAGACCGGCCACUUGAAACUGUAGCUAUGCCAGCUGUUUCCAAUGGUCCAAAGAGUCCAGAGGAUAUUUCUUUAAUUGUAAAAUACCAAGCAACAGAGAUGGAGAAUCUCAAUGAAAGUUCUCUGAAAACUCCAACAAUGCUUCCUCUUCCUGGUUUGGUGGACAAACUUAUAAAAUAUCCUUCUAACAAAACCUUCACGUGUGGUGAUAAUCUGAAAAAGCCUCUGGAACAGUUAUGGCAAGAGCGAAGUAUCGUAAGAAACAGUGGAAUACUAAGUCGACUCAAUAUGGAGCAGCUAAGGCUUCAAGAGCAUCUGUAUGAGGUUGUCAUAUCCGAGCAGGUUUAUCUUCAGAGCUUGGCCAUGACUGUGGAACAUUUUCAGGAAUCUUCAGUUUUGAAAGAGGCUCUGGCACCACGAGACAGGAAGUCAUUGUUUUCUAGCAUUGCAAAAAUUAAAGAGAUCAGUCAAAGCUUCAUGGAUGCAUUGCUAUUGGCGCUGUCUUCAAAUUUGUUCUGCGAUGGUGUCUGUGAUGUUGUACACCAGUAUGCACUUGGACCCUUUGAUGCUUAUAUAACUUACAUCCGUAAUAUGCCCUAUCAAGAACAGACAUUACACAACCUUGGAAAAGAGAGUCCUCAGAUUUUGGAGAUCUUGCAUAAACUGCAGGAAGACCCUCGAUGCAACCGACUUUCCCUUAAAUCCUUCCUUUCCCUGCCAUUUCAGAGGAUAACACGACUUAAAAUUCUAAUGGAAACUAUCCAGAAAAAGGCUGUUCCAGGAUCAGACUGUGGGUCCGCAGCAUUUAGAGCUUUGACAGAAAUCUCUAAGCUGCUGGAGGCCUGCAACUGGCAGGUGGGAAGAAUGAAACAGAUGGAAGAAAUUGUGCAGAUUGCUAACAAGAUUGAGUUUGCCUGCAAGGCCCUGCCUCUUGUGUCUUCUUCUCGCUGGCUUGUGAAACAGGGAGAUUUGCUUCAAAUUACUUCAAAGGAAAACAUGUUCGGUCAGAGAAAGCUGUGUCCUGUACUUCUGCUUCUCUUUAAUGAUUUACUGCUGGUGGCCAACAGGAAAGGGUUGGAUCGGUUUGUGGUUCAUGACUAUGUGCACCGCUCACUGAUGGAGGUGACGGAAGGUAAAGAUCUGGAAGAGGAGCUGGAGGGAUGUGAGCUGAACCGGAUAUUCCAACUGACCCUUUUGCAUAAUCACCGGAGCACCUCAUCUCAACUUCUGCUGCAAACAAAUUCAGAAGCUGAAAAGAACUUAUGGGUGGAGCUGCUAGGUGGUCGGAGAGAUGGACAGGACACUGUGUAUGAAGAAUGGGAUUGUCCUCAGGUGCGAUGUGUUGAGGUUUGCACUGGACAGCAGAGAGGAGAGCUCAGUCUACAGCAGGGAGAUCUGAUCAAUGUCAUACAGAAAACUACUGAUGGGUUCCUGGAGGGCCGUAGAGUACAGGAUGGACAGCGGGGCUGGUUCUCGGCCUCAUGUGUAGUAGAGAUCACUAAUGAACAUGUACAGAGACGUCACCUCCGUCAGAGGUAUCAUGUCCUACAGACGGCCACACGCCUGCUGAAACAGCGCAACAGAGGCCUUGAGCAAACAACCACAAAAUGCCUAAAAUGAGAGACCGCUUUCCUAGAGAGAGUCUGUUCUUAGAUACUGUUUGAUAGUGUCUUACUGACAUGAAAUAAAAAAAAGUGAAGAAAAA